GGCGAACCACCAACGACAAUUUCUAGCAGGCUCACUUCCCACUCUAAAGUCUCCUAUCUCCGUUCACUUCAGUUUCCCACCGAUAAUGUUUCCCGUAACCGCCGCUCUUCUCCGCCACCGUCUCCGGCACUUGCGCCGCCACAUUAGGUUUAGCUCAACAGCUGUUUCUCCUUCUCAAUCUUUCCAUUUACCGCUCAACCACCCUACCUACUUGGUUUGGUCAGCCAACACUUCUCUCGGCAAAACCCUCGUCUCUACCGGCAUCGCCGCCUCCUUCCUCCUCCAGCCUUCUUGUUCCGCCUCACAUUUCUCGAAACUACUCUAUUUGAAACCAACACAGACUGGCUUCCCUUCUGAUUCCGAUUCUCGUUUCGUCUUCUCCAAGCUCAAUUCACUCUCCCUCCGUCGCCGGAUUCCUCUUUCCACAUCCAACUAUGUACUCCGUUCUUCAUUCCCUGCUGUAGAAUCCAUGGGACGAAUUUUUGAAGUCGGCGAGACUGGGAUGUGCGAUUUGAAUUUCUGCGAAGAGAAGAUUGUCACAGGCGCGCCGGAACUCUUGUGCAAGACGCUGUAUGCUUGGGAGGCGGCAAUCUCGCCGCAUUUAGCAGCGGAGAGGGAAAACGCACGGGUUGAGGACUCCGCCGUGCUACGGAUGGUGGAGCAAUGUUUGACGGAAGAGAUGGAGUGUGGAACCGAGGAAACGAAUGUUCUAUGUUUGGUGGAGACUGCCGGUGGAGUUGCCAGUCCUGGGCCGUCGGGAACUCUUCAGUGUGAUCUCUACAGGCCUUUUAGAUUGCCCGGAAUUCUCGUCGGAGACGGUAGGCUCGGUGGUAUCUCGGGGACAAUUGCAGCAUACGAGAGUUUAAAACUUCGAGGAUACGACGUUGCUGCUGUCGUUUUUGAGGAUCAUGGCCUUGUUAACGAAGUUCCAUUAACAUCAUAUCUACGGAAUAAGGUGCCUGUGCUCGUGCUUCCGCCUGUUCCCAAAGACCCUUCAGAUGAUCUUAUUGAAUGGUUUGUAGAGUCUGAUGAUGUGUUUAAAGCAUUGAAAGAGACAAUGGUGUCAGCUUAUCUGGAGAGAGUAGAGAGAUUAAACGGCAUGGCAAAGCAAGCAGGAGAGGUUUUCUGGUGGCCAUUUACUCAGCACAAACUUGUGCCUGAAGAGACUGUGACGGUUAUAGACUCCCGAUGUGGUGAAAACUUUACAGUAUACAAGGCUUCCGAUAACAAUUCCCUUACCCAGCAAUUUGAUGCUUGUGCAAGCUGGUGGACACAGGGGCCAGAUCCGGCUUUCCAGGCUGAGCUUGCUAGAGAAAUGGGUUACACUGCUGCUAGGUUCGGGCAUGUUAUGUUCCCAGAGAAUGUAUAUGAACCUGCCUUGAAAUGUGCUGAGCUCUUAUUAGAUGGAGUUGGAAAAGGCUGGGCUUCUCGAGUAUACUUUUCAGAUAAUGGAUCCACAGCAAUUGAAAUUGCCCUAAAGAUGGCAUUUCGUAAGUUUUGUGUUGAUCAUGGGACGCUACUAAAUUUUUCUGAAUCCACUGAAGAGGAAAACCAUAUCGUGGUUAAGGUCCUAGCUCUUCGGGGGUCGUACCAUGGGGAUACUCUAGGAGCGAUGGAAGCACAAGCACCAACACCUUAUACAGGCUUCCUCCAGCAGCCGUGGUAUACUGGAAGAGGCCUGUUUCUAGACCCUCCUACUGUCUUUCUAUCAAACGGAGCGUGGAGACUCUCUCUCCCUGAAAGCUUUCCUCAAACUGCUUCAGAAGAAUGUGGAACCUUCACCACUCGUGAUGAGAUUUUCGACAAGGGCAGAGACGCAUCGAGUCUUGCAGCAAUCUAUUCGGCGUAUGUAUCAGAGCAGUUACAAGAGUGUUCUGGAGUUAUGCAAUCUGCCCAUGUUGCAGCACUGAUAAUAGAACCCGUGAUUCAUGGUGCUGGAGGAAUGCACAUGGUUGAUCCACUUUUCCAACGAGUUCUGGUCUAUGAAUGCCGGAAUAGAAAAAUUCCAGUCAUUUUCGAUGAAGUGUUCACAGGUUUCUGGCGUCUUGGAGUAGAGACUACUGCUGAGCUUCUCGGUUGCAAACCGGACAUAGCUUGCUUCGCCAAAUUGAUGACUGGUGGAAUGGUUCCUUUAGCUGUCACUCUUGCCACAGAGGCAGUGUUCGAUUCGUUCUCUGGAGAUUCUAAGCUUAAAGCCCUGCUUCAUGGUCACUCAUACUCAGCUCAUGCUAUGGGUUGCGCAACAGCCGCCAAAGCCAUCGAAUGGUUCAAAGAUCCAGAGACUAACCAUAACAUCACUUCACAAGGAGGAACCUUAAGAGAGCUGUGGGACGAAGAACUGGUGCAACAGAUAUCAUCUCACUCUGCAGUACAAAGGGUUGUUGUAUUAGGAACCCUUUUCGCUCUAGAACUAAAAGUAGAUGCUUCAAAUUCCGGGUAUGCUUCGUUGUAUGCAAAGUCACUUCUAGAGAUGCUCCGGGAAGACGGAAUCUUCAUGCGCCCUCUCGGAAACGUCGUAUACCUCAUGUGUGGCCCUUGCACGUCGCCGGAAAUUUGCCGGCGGUUGCUCACUAAGCUCCACAAAAGGCUCGGAGAAUUCAAUAGAGCAUGAUGAUGAACUCAAAGCACCUCGUCUCUGUUUUCGUUGCGAAUUAAUGACUUUGGAGUCUAAAUUUUUUUAUUGGUAGGUAAAUCUAUGAGAUUCUUUUCUUCUGCUUGAGAUCUAAUCGAAUCUGGAAAUUUAAUAAAGAAAUUGAGUAUCAAAUUUAAUGCUAGAUCACUAGGUCAGUUUUAAUGGGCAAAAAUGCUUCGAAGAAAAAAAAAACGUUCAAAAAACCAAAGAUGCUUUGAAAAAGUGUAACCAGAGAGUCCGACA